AUGUCUGCAUACGAAGACCCACUUUCCAGCCCAAAUAUGGCAAGCUCAAUAGUUUUUAUGAGUACAAAUUGAUCUAUUUUUGAAGAUGAUGAUUUCUUAAAUAACUUUAAAAUGAAGCAAUCUUAAUUCACAAUGCUGGACAAAGUAAAGUUAUCCAGAGAGGUUAGCGAAUAAAGUAUCCUCUCCUAAGACUCCUAUGAUUUCGAAGCCAAAUAAGGAUUUAAAACUAAGAUAUGGAAGGAUAGAGCCUUAAAUAUUAUAGUUCUUGUUGCUCGUUUUGUUACUUACUUAUUGACUAAUUCGGAUAAAUUUAAAUUGCGAUACUUAGAUCAUAGGUAAUUUAAAGUUAUUGGAGAUAAGGCUUCUGAUUUUAAUUUUUAUUUAACACAUAAAUUAAUAAGAGGCAAGGCAAAAUAAGGCUCAUUGGUAUUUUACUUUGUUAUCUCAAGGAAUUGCUAUCAACAAAAAUUAAGCUGUACCUAGGUUUUUUAAGAGUGUUUUCCUCAAUCAUAAAGCCAAUCAGGCCUGAUAAUUCGCUUAAACUAUAUUGGGAUGUAGUAGUUUUUCUCAUUUUAUUAAUAAAUAUCCUUUAUAUACCACUUAAGAUCUCAUUUCAAAUAAGCCUUGUUGAUGGGGCUGAUUUUUUUUUGGACACUCUACCCUAAUAUGUGUUCGUUUUCGAAAUUUUGCUUAAUUUUAAUGUUGCUUACUAUUCAAGAGGAGUAUUAGUGUUAAAUAGAACAUAGAUAUUCAAACAUUAUUUGAAGGGAAAAUUUGCUCUUGAUUUUAUUGUUCUCAUCCCAUUUAUGAUAGGUAGAUCUAAUGUACCCUAUAUUGAGUUCGUGUUACUCUUUAGAGUAUCCAGGGUAUGCAUUAUUAAUAUGUUUUUAAAGGUUAUGUAUAUCUUCGAAAAUAUCGUUGAAACGACGAAUCUUAGAGUAAAUUUUGCAUCAGUUAUUGACAUAAUCUCAUUAAUGUCAACCUUCUUGUUUGCAUCACACAUUAUAGCCUGCAUUUGGCAUUUCAUUGCGAUGUAAGAAUCUUCAUUUGAGGAAAACACAUGGAUUCAAAGAGCCAAUCUGGUCGAACACAAUUGGCAGGCUAGAUAUAUUACAAGUUUUUAUUGGGCGUGUAUAACUACAUUGACUAUUGGCUAUGGUGAUAUAAUACCAGUAAAUAUUAUCAUAAUUAGUAAAAAGGUCACUCAAUAUGAGAAAAUAUUUGUCAUUUUCGUAACACUUUUAAGUUCUAUUAUCUUUGGUUAUACAAUUUCGAGUAUUGGUUCAAUCUUUGCUUAGAUGAGUGAAAACAAAAAUUACCUCAGAGAUAGAAUGACAUUAAUAGAUUCCUUUCUUAAAAAAAGAGGCUUGAAUAAAGAUUUACAAGUGAAAGUUAAGAAAUUUUUUGAAUACUUUUUGAAAUAAGAGAGAGAUUAAGAAUCAGAAUGUGAAAAAUUAAUGAUUCAUUUAUCAGGGACUUUGAACAGGGAAGUCAAGAUUGAUUUUUAUAAAAACAUCUUGUGCACUUCUAAAUUAAUUAGACAAAACUUUUCUGCUCAAUUUAUAGAAAAGUUAUGUAUACUUGUGAAAGAAUAAUCUUUUGUUCCAGAAGAAAUCAUCUCGAUAGAAGGGUAAUUAAAAAUUAAUGAUUAGAUAAAAGGUUGAUAAAAUUUACUUUAUACUCAAAGGAGAGGUAGAAGCUUAUAUUAGUAACAACAAAACAAUUAAAAUCUAUUCAAGAAGUUAAGCUAUAGAUGAAAAGUCAUUCAUUUCACAACAUCCUGCUUUGUUCUCCACCAGAGCUAUCAAAUUCUCAAAGCUAGCUUAUAUUACAUAUGAUGAUUUAUUAGAAUUAUUAAAAUACAAUCAAGAAGACAGAGAGCAUUUUUAUUAUGUUAAACAUCAAAUAGAAUUUGGUGGAAGAGUUAAAAUGGGAGGAUGUGAAUUAUGUCAUCAAAAUCAUGAUUUCAUAAAGUGUCCUUUUGUAUUCUAUACACCAAAUAGCUUAAGGUUAUUUAAAAAAAAUGAUCAUGAGGAAAAAUAACAUCGGAGAUUCAAAACUAGAUCUAGAAUAAAUCAAAAAAUUCAUAAUGUAAUGUAAAUUAAUUGCUAUAAAUAGAACUCUCUAGCAUAAUUAAGAAAUUUAUAAUAGUUAGUCUUUAACUAUUGUGCCUGCUAGGGUUUGUUAAAUGAAAUUGGGCCAAAUUCAGAAUUUAUUUUAUCAAACAAAUUCAAUUUCUAACAAGAUUCAGCCUAAGAAGAAAUAGAUCCUAGCAUGACAAAUUCAGAUAACGAAUCUGAAUAUAAGCCAAUAAAAUCUUAAAAUUAUCUACAAAUUAAAAGAGAUUCCAAACGGAAGGUUUCUGAAAAUAAAGAUUCUCAAUCUAUAAAAUCCAAAAAAAAAUACACAAGAAUUUCUAUUUAAAAAAUAUGUUAAUAAAAUAGAAAUUCAGCAUAAUAUGAAAGAGAGAAUUGUAUUCAAGAAAGGAAACACAAAUCCAGCACAAAGAGAGUCACUUUAAUAUAAAAUUAGAUGAAACUUGAAUAGAGUGAAAGAUUCGAGGAAGACCCUUUAUAAACUUAAUUUUAAUAAACAAUUGCUUUAACCUAAUAAUAACAAGGAUAAUCACAGUUACCUUCACCAUAAAUCUAAUAGAAUUCGGCAAAAUUGCUUGAUGUAGAUUAACUAUCAUUUAUUGAAAUUGAUAUUGCAAGAUAAAUGCUUAAAAAAGAAUGCGAUAUAGAUUCAUAAAAAGAAAUGGAAUUUUAUGAUACAGGAUUUAAUUUUUAAAUAGUUGUUGGUAAGUUGAAAAAAGUAAGUAAAAAGCUACCUAUAAAAUUGAAAAGAAAAAAAAUGAGAAAAUCCUUCGCAAGAUCUUAAUCAAUAAGGCAUAUUAGCUAAACUAGAUCUUGA